AUGGCAAAAAAUAAUGGAGCUGCUGCUGCGGGAGAAUCCCAGCACGGACAGAGGAUGAUUUUUACAGGCCCAGAUGGAAUCGGAGACUACAGGCCCAGAUCAAAUUAUUUCCCCCUGUACAUCGGUGUGGGUGCCUCAUCACCCGAGUCCACAGGAGACCUGGGAUACCUGUGUCGAGCUGCACCGCACGCCCCCCCUCCUGUGCCCAGGCAGGGCUACGUGGGGGAGGUGGGCUGGGGCUGGCAGCACAACCAGAUGUUAAACGGUGGAACGCUGCACAGCAAUAUGCAAAUUAAGAAAACGGAGUUUCGUUCAGCGCUGGAGGACAAAGUGACUCAAAGGUUUCAGAAUGAACAGUAA